CUACGAAAUGCUCUGUACAUGCCCUCAUAUCCCCACAACAUCUUUUCAGUGGCGAGAGCAGCCGACGGAGGAGCAACCAUAACUUUCAAGAAAGGAGAGAGCCACAUGAUCACUAAAGAUGCUUGAUCCUGAAAAAUAAAUGUGUCGCACAACGAAAGAGUUGGCCCAUCUUUCGAGCUGUGUAACAUAUUUUGGCGAGCUAGCCAGGAGCCACCACCACCAUCGACCCUCCUUCCCAAGAGACGGACCUUAUUCUUCUAUUAAACAUGGAAAAAGUACAGCCACUGCGUGAUGAACUGAGUGCAGCCUUGUGGCAGCUGGAGGAAGAGCUUCUCGUGGAUGUCUGCGGGCGACUGAAAUUUUCCGGCCUGGACAGCCGAGAGUCUCGCAGCAAGUCAAGACGGGCGCUCAUCCAGAUGGCAGAAGGCGCGUUUGAUGAGAUUGAGGAAAGUGAACAAGAAGAACAAGUUGAAGAAUGUUACAAAGAGUUAAGUAAAUAUCUGAAUAAAUUAAACGUUGAACCAUUGUCAAAGAAAGGAUCAGAGAAACUGUUUGACACUGACACCUCACCCAAAAAUACACCUUCUCCACUCAGAGUUCGACCAGAGCAAACACAUUUUCUAAAAGAGGUAACUUUGAGAAGGGAGUUCAAGAUCUGUGGGCAGAUAGGUGAACCCGGACAGAGGGAAAAGCUAUCCUACCUCAGUCUUGUGCGUCAAAUUGGGGUGGUGACUGAAAAAGGACAUUCAGAGACUGAAAUAAUCGAAGCAGUAAUCAGGGCUAUUAGUCCAGGCCUGCCCCUCAGAGAUAUGCUGGAAAUAAAACGUGAACUGACCCUCAAUAAACUGUUCACCAUAUUAAUGGAACACUACAAGGUAGUGAUGUGAUCGGCAAUUCUUUUGACUGUACUGAAUCACUAGAAUCAGUUCCUUAAAUUGAGUCGUUCAAAAUA